CCUCCGGCUCCUUCGCUCGCCACUCUAGACGCCGCUCCGACUCCUGUUCCUUCUCUGGAUGGAAUGUUGUGCCGAGUUCAUGGUCAGACCUUCUUCCCAUCAUGCCCGUUCCCGUGAAUGUUGUGCCGAGUUCAUGGUCAGACCUUCUUCCCAUCAUGCCCGUUCCCGUUAGCGACGCUUCGUUUCGUUCGCCCCCUAGAUGCCGCUCCGACUCCUGUUUCCUCUUUAUCUUGAGAUUCCGUUGAUUUCAUCACGAUUGUGCGAUUUGGGCGUUGAUCUUGAUGGAUCUUAGAUAUAAAUGAGAAAUUUUUUUAAAUUUUGUAGAAUUGAGAAGAGAGCAUGGAAAGUCGGCAAUUAACUUUGUUCUUAAUUUGACCAUUUAACUAGGGUUUUUUGUAUUAUGGCAAUGCUUUUAGUAUUUAAUUCGAGAGAUCUUUCAGUAUCUACUUGAGAUUUAAGGUCUUAUAAUUUUGGUCUUAUUCACCCAAAUUAUCUUCGUAGCACCUGAUGACAUUGGAAAAUUGAGUCUUAUUGCAAAAAGUUUUAAAUUUGGGUACAAAAAAAUGUAAUGCAAUGUUUGGUUUUGGUAUGUUAUUUGAUCACAGAGCUCGGGAAAAUCUUCGGUGCUCGAAAGCAUAGUUGGGAAGGAUUUCCUACCUAGAGGUUCAGGAAUUGUCACUCGACGACCCCUUGUCUUGCAACUUCCUAAGAUUGAUGAGGGGAGAGAAUAUGCAGAGUUUAUGCAUCUUCCAAGGAAGAGAUUUACAGAUUUUGAAUCGAAGAUCAUGGGCCAUGAAUUCAGAGACUACUCAGAGAAGCAUUGCGGUACUAGGUACACAAGUAUUGUCACACUACGGUAUUACUUCCUUUCGACAACUAAAUAGAAUUUUUGACUAAGUGUGGAAGUUAGUUUGUUAUCAAUCCAGUUGCCAAGAUUAAAUACCAACCAAGAGCUACUGCAGGAUUACUAUGGUUUCAGUUUUCUCGUCUUAGUUCAUAGAAUGGAAGGCUUCCAUGCACUAUUUUUUCUCAUCAUUCUGCUGUACGUGAUCACCACCCCUUGGUGCGCUGCCGCCGCCGGGAUCAAAGAAGCUGCAUCCGACCGCGCUGCCCUCCUCUCCUUCAAGUCGCUCGUCGACGACGAUCCGUUCGGAGCGCUCUCCUCCUGGAACAACGGCUCUCUCCACCACUGCAGGUGGCGCGGUGUCUCCUGCGGCCGCCGCCAUCCGGACCGGGUCACGGCCCUCAACCUCAAGUCUCUCCGCCUAGCCGGUUUCGUAUCCCCUGCCAUAGCCAACCUCACAUUCCUCCAGAGGAUCGACCUAUCCGACAACAAGCUAGGCGGGCGCAUCCCGGAGGAGUUUGGAAGCCUACACCGGCUGCGAUAUCUCAACCUGAGUGUGAAUUCUCUUCGCGGAACGAUCCCGUCUUCGCUCAGCAAUUGCUCUAAUCUUCAACUACUCAACUUGAGAGGUAACAAUAACUUGUCAGGAGCCAUGCCUCCAUCCUUCGGUGGCCUUCUCUCCUUGAAGAUACUUGAAAUCCAAUUAACUAGUCUCACGGGAACCAUUCCGCCCACUCUCACAAAUCUAUCCGCUCUGAACGUGCUUGCGCUACGAGGAAACAACCUUCAUGGUGAAAUUCCUCACUUUGCAGAACUUCCAUUCCUCUCUUACCUGGAAUGCGGUUUUAAUCAUCUCUCCGGGACGAUCCCAAUCUCGCUCGGACGACUUUCAUCUCUCGAAUAUCUCGGUCUCGGGGUGAACAACUUAACAGGAGAAAUACCGUCAUCCCUUUACAAUCUAUCAUCCCUGAACACCUUAGCACUCCCUUAUAACCAACUCGAGGGAACUCUACCCUCGGAUAUCGGAAAUGCUCUUCCGAACCUUCAAGCCCUUCGUAUGGAUGGAAAUCAGCUCGGGGGGCAAAUUCCAGCAUCCUUGUCCAAUGCUUCUGAGCUUUACGACCUUGAGCUAUCGCUCAAUGCAUUCCAUGGCACGAUACCGCAGAGCCUUGGAGCCUUGCAGAGCCUCUUGCGGCUCACACUGGCGGCCAAUCGACUCGAAGCCAGGAAGCCUAGUGAUUGGAGCUUCAUUACGGCACUCACCAACUGCACCAGUCUCCAAGUAUUGGAUAUAGGAGUCAAUCUACUUCAAGGCAUGAUGCCCAAAUCACUAGUCAAUCUUUCCACUAGUCUUUAUAUUUUGGGUCUCGGCAACAACCACAUAUCAGGAAUCAUACCUAGUGAGAUUGAGAAUUUCAUCAAUCUAACUGUUCUUGACAUGAGUGUUAACGAUCUUCGAGGCACCAUUCCGGUAGAAAUCAGUGAUCUUUGGCAAUUACAGUACUUGGAUCUGUCGAACAACAUGCUCUUGGGCAAAAUUCCACCCACUUUGGGCAACCUAACACAAAUGGACCAGCUCUAUCUUGGCAGCAAUGAAUUUGAAGGAGCCAUUCCACCGACAUUAAGCAACAUGUUGGUGCUAGAGUCGUUAAAUCUAUCAAAUAAUAGGCUAAGCGGUAGCAUUCCACAAGAUGUUUUGACCCUUUCAUCGCUCACAAACUUCCUUGACUUGUCGCAUAAUUUACUGAACGGUUCACUACCGUUGGAAAUUGGCAACUUGAUAAAUAUCGGGGCGCUUGAUCUCUCAAAUAACAGGCUCUCUGGUGAGACUCCAGACGCCAUCGGCAAAUGCGCCAUCUUGGAAAUUCUUCAUUUAGAGAAUAACUUAUUUCAAGGGUCCAUUCCUUCCUCCAUUAGCAAUUUAAGAGGGCUUAAGGAGCUUGAUCUCUCAAAAAACUUCUAUUCGGGCCAAAUACCUGCAUUCCUUGAUGAGCUCCCGGAUCUACACUACUUGAAUCUCUCCUUCAACAGUUUUGAGGGUCGAGUGCCGAUGAAAGGGGUCUUUAAGAAUGCGAGCGAAGUCUCGCUUAUCGGAAAUAGUAAACUCUGCGGCGGAAUUCCAGAAUUACACUUGCCGAAAUGCACUUCAGAUGCCUUUGCAACAAAACAUCACUCUGAUUAUAAACUCAAAGUAAUACUCAUUUCCAUAGGUGGAGCAAUUUUGUGUUUGAUUAUAAUCACGUGCUUGCUUGGGAUGCGUCACUUGAAAAGAAACUCCCGGAGAAAGCCGCUGUCGAGGUUUUCCUUAGGAAACCGACACAUGAAAGUAUCUUAUGAUGAGCUCUUCAGGGCUACAAAUGGGUUCUCCUCAGAUAAUCUAAUCGGCACGGGAAGUUUUGGGUCGGUUUAUAAAGCCGCCAUGAACUAUGAAAACGUCGACAUCGUUGCAGUGAAAGUCCUUAACCUUCAACAGCAUGGGGCUUUCAGGAGUUUCAUGUCUGAAUGUGAGGCCCUGAGAAGCAUUCGACAUCGAAAUCUUGUCAAAAUUCUUACAUCGUGCUCUAGUUUGGAUCACUGCGGUAACGAUUUCAAGGCCUUGGUUUUUGAGUACAUGCCUAAUGGGAGCUUAGAAGAGUGGCUACAUCCAAAUACACGUGAGAAUAGGCCAUUCAGAAGUCUAAGCCUAAUCCAGAGGUUGAACAUAGCCAUCGACGUAGCUUCGGCAUUAGAGUAUCUUCAUCACCGAGGGUCCGUGCCGAUUGUUCACUGUGAUCUUAAGCCCAGCAACGUCCUUCUCGACAAUGAAAUGACGGCGCACGUGGGCGAUUUCGGGUUAGCAAAGUUUUUACGGCAACCGCCUGACGAAUCAUCAGAGCGUUCAUCUACCAGCACUGUGGGAAUCAAAGGAUCUAUUGGUUAUGUUCCUCCAGAGUAUGGAAUGGGCUGUAAACCAUCUAGGCUCGGCGAUGUGUACAGCUACGGAAUUCUUCUGCUAGAAAUGUUCACUGGAAUGAGCCCCAUCGACGACAAGUUCAAAGAUGGACUGAGCCUUCGUGGAUAUGUUCGUGCUGCUGCUGCUUCUCCUGAACAUCUCAUGGACAUCAUAGACAGAAACCUGCACUCAGUUGACAAUGAUAUGGCUUAUCGAGAAGAGUGUGUGCGAGAUUGCGUAGUUUCGGUGUUCGACUGCGGUCUCUCAUGUUCGAACGAAUCGCCGUACGAACGAUGCGACAUGACAAAAGUCUCAAAGGAGCUGAGUGCAGCAAGAGAGACGCUUCUUAGCUAAAAGCAGUUUUGCUCCCUAUGCUACAGUUCUUUUUCUUUUUUUUUUUUGAGAAAACCCUAUGCUACAGUUCUCACUGGAGGUAAAUGAAUGUAUGUUUGAACCUCCUCUGCUUUUCCUUAUUUGCAUUUAAAAAGCAACCUUGUGUAAUGAAUAAUGCCUAGUCCUUAUGGUUUUGAUCACUCCUUUCUAAAAUGAAUAUAAGCAAAAGGAGUUAAGCACUUCAA